AUGGGCAUGGGGCACCCACAGCCAAACAUGCUGAGGCUUGGCUGGGAUCAACAUGGGCUGCUGGGGAUGAACUGGGACAGCCUCAUCUCCCAUGCAUGGCCAUGCCUGGACCCGUCCCCUCAGAGCCACAUGAAGCUGGAGGUGAUGGAGAUGGCACUGGCUGUGGGGUCCCUGGUGCUAUCCCGGGAGGGGGAGUCCCAGGAGGAGGCUUUUUCCCAGGACUCGGGGCUGGAGGAAAACCUCUCAAACCAGGGGUCGGUGGCCUCGGGGGACUUGGCCCACUUGGCCUGCAGCCAGGUGCUGCAGGUCUCUUCCCUGGAGGUGCCUAUCCUGGGGGUGUCUUCCCUGGUGCUGCCUCUGCCGCUGCACUCAAGGCUGCUGCGAAAGCUGGUGAGUGCUGAAGGUGCUGGCAUUGGUGGUGUGGGUGGAAUUGGUGGUCCUAGUAGCCUCAGGGUCUCCACAGGUGCAGUGGUACCAGGCGCGGUGCAGCCUGGGGUUGGUGCAGCAGGGAAACCCCCCAAAGUACCAGGCGCUGGGAUUCCUGGAGCCUUCCCGGGCGGUGUGCUCCCUGGUGUUCGCUUCCCUGGUGUAGGGGUGCUGCCUGGAGUACCCACUGGUGCUGGAGUCAAGCCAAAAGGUCCAGGAGCAGGAGCCUUCGCAGGAAUCCCUGGACUGGGAGGUUUUGGAGGUCAGCAGCCCGGUGUCCCUCUGGGGUAUCCCAUCAAAGCUCCUAAGCUCCCAGGUGGCUAUGGAUUGCCCUACAGCACUGGUAAGCUGCCCUACGGCUUCGGGCCCGGUGGGAUAGGAGCUGGCAUCGGGAUAGGAGGAAAGGCAGGGUACCCCACCGGGACAGGAGUCGGAGCACAGGCAGCAGCAGCAAAAGCAGCAGCGAAAUUGGUUGGAGGGCCGGCAGCGGCAGCAGCGGCGGAGCAGCAAAGGCAGCAGCGAAAGCAGGAGCUUUCGGUCCAGGGGUGCUGCCCGGCGUUGGCGGUGUCCCAGGCCUCGUGCCCGGCAUUGGCGGUGUCCCUGGCUUGGUGCCCGGUGUUGGAGGUGUCCCCGGGGUGGCAGGAGUCGGGACACCAGCAGCAGCAGCAGCAGCAAAGGCAGCUAAGUAUGGAGCUGGUGUUGGUGUUCCUGGCAUUGGUGGUGUUCCUGGUGUUCCUGGCAUCCCUGGUGUCCCCGGCGUGCCUGGCGUGGCUGGGGUUCCUGGCGUGGUGCCCGGUGUUGGAGUGGGUGGCCCAGAAGCUGCAGCAGCUGCGGCGAAGGCUGCAGCGAAAGCCGCAGCAUUUGGAGCAGGGCGUGUGCCCGGUGUCGGCGUGCCUGGUGUCGGCGUGCCCGGAGUUGGGGUGCCCGGAGUUGGGGUGCCUGGAGUUGGGGUGCCCGGAGUUGGGGUGCCUGGAGUUGGUGUGCCUGGAGUUGGCGUGCCUGGUGUUGGCGUGCCCGGUCUGGUGCCCGGUGGAGUCGCAGGCAUACCAGGAGUUGGAGUUCCAGCGGCCGCCGCUGCUGCCAAAGCAGCUGCCAAAGCAGCCAAGUUUGGUGGCCUGGCUCCUGGAGUGGGUGGCCUGGCCCCCGGCAUUGGAGGUGUCCCAGGGGUCGGAGGUCCGGCUGCAGCAGCAAAAGCAGCAGCGAAGGCAGCCAAAUUUGGUGCAGGCAUCGGAGGGGUGCCAGGCGGGGUGCCUGGUGUCGCUGGAGUGCCAGGAGUGA